AAGGAGGAUUGGUCUGUUGUGUAGGAUCACUGAUCACAGGGAGGAGAAAGGGGUUGGUCAAAGGCAGAGAAAGAGCCUGAAGAAAGGGAGCGGAGGAGACAGACGAGAGGAGGUGAAGCCUGACACACCAUCACAACCCAACAGGAAAAAUGCCCAAUUUUGAAGGCAACUGGAAAAUGAAAAGCAGCGAGAAUUUUGAGGAAUUGCUCAAAGCUCUGGGUGUGAACCCCAUGCUGAGGAGGGUGGCAGUGGUGGCUGCGUCCAAACCCCAUGUGGAGAUAAAGCAGAACGGUGAGCACUUCUACAUCAAGACCUCCACCACAGUCCGCACCACAGAGAUCAACUUCUUGAUCGGAGAGGAGUUUAAUGAGGAGACGGUGGAUGGGAGGAAGUGUAAGAGCUUGGCCACAUGGGAAACAGAAAACAAGAUUUACUGCCAACAGACCUUACUAAGCGGGAACGGCCCAAAGACAUUUUGGAGCAGAGAACUCAAAGGGGAUGAACUCAUACUGAUCUUUGGAGCCAACGAUGUGAUGUGCACCAGGAUCUACAUACGAGUGUAGCAGACCUCUGAGUCCUUCAGAGAUAAAGUUUCCUCUGAAAUGAACCUUUCAGCUUCGAAACUAUCAGUGUGAGAAGUAUUAACAUAAAAAUCAAUGCCUAAAAUGAUCUGUUCUGACAUGAAAUAAUUUGCACUUUUUGUGAAAAGUUACAGCUCCAUCUGUUUUUUUACAGCUUGU